AUGUCCGAAGAUUUAAUUUCUAAAGAAAAAAAAUUCCAUCAGUUAAAUAAAGAACUUAAGCAAAAAGCGUACAAUUUGGUCGCAAAAAUAGAUUAUGCUGUUAAUACUUAUAAUAAUGAAUGUUCAGUGUUUAAUUCGCGGAAGUAUAAUAAUGUAAAUCUGACAAAAGAAAAAACAGUAUUUUCAAAUAGUAUAAUGAUGCAAACUGAGAGUAAUUUUAAGGUUUUGGUUAAACAAAAUUCAUCUUUACCACAAAUUUUUGAUCAAUUCUCAACAUUGAAAUCGACAUUGGAAUCCAAAAAGGAUAAUGAGAAUGAAGUUUUCAAAGAAAGAAAUCUGGCAAAUAAGACUGUUUUAAAUUUUUUAAAAGCUAAGAUAGAUAUAUUACAUAAUGAGCUUCAAUCAAUGCAAAUUGAAUAUAAAAAAAAGUGUGAUAUUUGCAAAAAUUUGGACUCUGAGAAUAAAAAAGUGGAAAUUAAAUUGAAGGCAGAAAUAGAAUCAUUAAAAGAAAUAAUCACAAAAUUAGAAAAUACUAAUAAGGAGUUGCAGUGUCAAUCGCAGACUCUGAAUACAGAAAAUUUAACUUUGAAAAAAGACUUGGAUAAACUUCAGAAGCAAAUGAAAAUAAUAGAUCAUCAAUCUAAUAGUUACAUUACAAGAUUAAAUAGAUCUCUAGAAAAUAAUGAUAAACUUAAAAAUGCACUUAAAAAUUUUGAAGUAGAAGAGAAGGAAUUAAAGACUCAAAUUAGAAAGUUACAAGAAGAUAAAAAAUUAACAAUUAAUUAUUUGGGAAAGCAACUUUCAGAACUGAUACAAGUAUUUAAGAAACAAAUGUUAAUUGUAGAUAACUUAAAGAAGCAAAAUGCAUGCUUAGUGGCAGUUGGACAACUAAAAUUAACAAAAGAAGAUUUUUCAAGAUUAUUGGAUCAGAAACCUGAAAAUUUAUAA